UUCUCCUAAACUGCCGGCACCAUCCCGUCUUUACUUCAAUUCAACUCACUCACUCACUCUCUCAGAUUUUCCAAAUGCGGUUGCCGGAUAACGCCGGGCUAGGCGUCGCCGCCAUGUCCUACAUCGCCGUUGACUACCUUCGCCACCUCUCACCUACAUGGCACUCGCGGCUUCAACCAGCGCUGUGGACUCUCCUCGCCCUCGCUGCCGUUGUUCGUGUCCCCUCUUACCGCCACUGGUCCGCCGAGUUCCGGUCAGCUAUUCCGUUCAUCGCUUCUAUGCUCUUCAUGCUUGCUUGUCUCCUCUACGAAGCUCUUUCUGUUCGCUCCGUCACCGCUGUCCUUGGCCUCGACUGGCACCGGAAUACAGCCCCUCUUCCAGACACUGGUCAGUGGUUUCUCCUGGCAUUAAAUGAGAAACUUCCUGCUCCAAUUGUUGAGAUAUUAAGAGCUCGUAUUAUUGGAUUGCAUCAUUUCUUGAUGUUGUUUAUGAUGCUGGCAUUUUCUGUGCUUUUUGGCUCUGUAAAAGCUCCUGGCCUUGGACUAGGUGCUAGAUACAUGUUUACGAUGGCCAUUGGCCGACUUCUUCGUGCCAUAACUUUUGCAUCAACAAUUCUUCCAUCGGCUCGCCCUUGGUGCGCUAGUUCUCGGUUCAGAGUUCCCGGAUAUCCUCAUCGAUGGGCUCAGAAAUAUUACGCGCCCUAUGCUUCGGAUCAUAAUGCUAUCAGCCAUUUGCUAAGGGUUGACCAAGCUUAUGCUGACAUCGGAGAAUCAAUUGGUGACUACCAGCCAGAAUGGGGUUCAAUGAGCUUUCUGAGUGAUUUUCUACGACCAACUGCUUCAGAAGGACCUUCAUGGUUUGGUCUGUUAAAAAAAGCUGGAGGUGGCUGCAAUGACCUGCUAUACAGUGGGCACAUGCUUGUUGCUGUACUCACAGCUAUGGCUUGGACAGAAGCGUAUGGAGGUUUCAGUUCAGCUCUUGUAUGGCUUCUUGUAUUGCAUAGUGCCCAAAGAGAAGUACGAGAACGCCAUCACUACUCUGUAGACUGCAUUGUAGCCAUCUAUGUGGGGAUCCUUCUGUGGAAGAUGACAGGUUUUAUCUGGUCACGAGAAGUUAGAUCUGGAAAUAGGAGUCUGAUUAAGUUUGAGAAGAUUAAAAGUAGACUCAUCCAAGCUUCAAAGGACUCAGAUAUUGAUAAAGUGAGAGAACUACUCAAAGAGAUUGACAUAAGCAGUGAAGAGAGCAGGAGUCAGACUACACUUAAGUAUGCACGGUUAUUUCGUUGUGCCACGAUCGUCUUUGCACUCACAAUCGUUGUUCUGGCUUUCACACUAACAACUGAUGGAUGAUCUUCUCAUGGACCUGAAAUAUUAUUGUGCCACGUGUUUUUUUUAGUGAAUUUGUUACACACAAUUUUGAACUUUUUGCAUAGUUGUGAAUUCUAGUAUUUUCGGCAGUAGUUUUUGAGCCCAUUUAGCUGCAAGGAUAAACAAAAAGCCCCCAAGGUGAGGAUUUCUAGUGUUUAGUACUGUCACUGUUGUUUCAUCUUGUAUCACUACCCAUGUAAGUUAUUAUAUAUCAAUGGAAAACUUAUCAUUGGUUUGGUACAUCGAAGAAACAUAAAAGAGAGAGAGAAAUAUUUGAGCAAGUAUAAGCUCUAAUGAUCGUAUUAUAGUUGUUCCUCUUGUGGUUUAUUUGUUGGUUGUAAGCUUGGACUCAUGGCGUUUGAUGUAAAACUUCGGAAGAGCUGGAUAAUUUAGAAAAAAAGUAGUCUUUAGAGUCAAAGGUGGAUAUGUAACUUACCUUGA